AUGCCGGAUUUAAACCGUCGGGUGAAAUUGAACGUUGGCGGCCAACUCUUCGAAACAACCGUUGGCACCCUAUCUCGUGUACGUGGCACAACGCUGGAAAAGUAAGU